UUGUGCCCCACCAACAUCUACAUCCUUGGUUCCCGGGUAGGAGAGUGGAGGGCAUGUGUCUGGCUGACUACACUGUAGACCAGUUUAUUGAGAAGUCAUCAACAGCUUUGCAUCCUCAACGAUUUUAGAUCGCCAAAGAGUUCUGACGUUUCGGUCAGCUCCCUGCGUCGGUCACCAUGGCGACCACCAUCCCGACGAACCCGACCCCGCAAACAGUCAGCCAGCUUCUCACCAAGAUCACCGAUGCCGACCCCGAUUUCCGGUUCAUGGCACUGAGCGACCUCCUCACCGUCUUCACCAUCGCGAAGCCAGAUUUUUUGAAUCAUGACUACAACACGGCUGCCCGAACCGUUGAUCAUGUUGUGCGCGCCUUGGACGACCAGAAUGGCGAGGUCCAGAACCAGGCGAUCAAAUGUCUCGGCCCGUUGGUCAAGAAGGUCACACCACAAUUGAUCGCACCGAUGAUGGAGAAACUGUGCAGCCUGAAGAUGAAGAACUCGGUCGACAAUUCCAUACCCUCCAUGGCCAUCCGGGCCGUGGUCGAAGCCCUGCCCCGCCCAGUACCCGGUGUGCCAACAAGCAAAGAGGUUAACGAGGCCUACGCCAAUCUCAGCAGGGUCCUCAUUCCCCGCUUUCUGGGCCGCACGGGCUCUGCCGGCAAGAGCCUCCCGGGUCUCCUGGAUCCCGAGGACCCAAACUCCGACUCGGUCGACGUGCUUAUCGAGGUUGUGCGGUGCUUUGGGCCCAUGCUGCAGUCCUUCGAGAUUGAAGCUCUGCACAAUGCCGUGGUCACAAUUUUGGAGAAGGACAAGGGCAACUCUGUCGUUAAGAAGAGGGCGGUCGUGGCCAUCUCUAUGCUGGCUCACUACCUCACUGAUGAUCUUCUCGCAGCCUUUAUCAAGCGCAUCACAGGGGUACUAAGCCAACCCCAGCCGAAGGAUGCCACUCGUCGACUCUACAUCACCGUGCUGGGCUCCAUGGCUCGCUCGAUCCCUUACCGAUUCGGCCUCCAUCUGAACGAGCUGGCACCCCUUGUUCUCCGCGUGCUGAGCGAGGAGGAGCUUCAAGCACAACUUGACGAGAUCAGCGAGAGCGGAGGGGCCACCCUCGAGUUCAAUGAAGUCCGAGAGGCCGCUCUCGUUGCCUUGGAGGCCUUCCUCUCCUCGUGUCCGACCCAGAUGCGUGUCUUCACCAACGAAACCAUUGAAGCCUGCAUCCGAUACCUGAAAUUCGAUCCCAACUAUGCGGUGGACGACGAUGAGGAAAUGGAAAACGAGGAAGAGGAGGAAGAUGAAUUUGAGGAAGACGAUGAGUUCGAGGCCGCCGGUGGUUUUGAUGACGACGAUGAUGCGAGUUGGAAGGUGCGGCGCUGCGCUGCGAAAGGACUGUACACCGUCAUCUCGACUAGGAGCAGCGGCGACCUUCUCGACAAUGGGAUGCUCUACCGCGCAGUGGCUCCCGCUCUCGUCAGGAGGUUCGGCGAGCGCGAAGAAAAUGUACGCCUUGAAGUUCUGUCGGCAAUGUCACUGCUCGUCCGCAAGACUGGCGAGGGCAUGCUACCUCCAUUCCCUGACGACAGUACCCAGAGCGACUACCCGAAUCAGCCGCCCACCAGCCGUAAGCGUCGGCGUCAAAGCAGCGUGGGUGGGCCCUCCUCACUUACUCGACUCGCUGGCACCGGCCUCACUUCACCAACCAUGGAGAAGGCCCCGGUCACAGGCCCCCGUGCCGAAUUGGCCAAGCUCACACCAGCCAUCAUCAAGCCACUCACAAAGCUCCUUAAAGGAAAGCUCAUUCCGACGAAGCAAGCAUGCAUCAAGCUGCUUGAUGACAUGGUGUGCGUGCAACGGGGUGGUCUCGAUCCGUUCUUUGACCAGAUCGUCGUUCCCGUGAUUGAAGCAAUCAAGCCCUCGAGCGCUGCAUCAACAUCGGCCUCACUCUCAUCUGCUGGUGGCGGCGCUUCCGCAACAGCAACUACCUUGAGGAUCGCUGCGCUUCACCUGACCAGCAAUAUCGCCAAGCACCACUCUUCAGCGGUGCUGCAACCCCAUCUUUCCAAGAUUGUCGCUGGCGUCGUUGCUGUUGCACACGAUCGAUUUUACAAGAUUUCGGGUGAGGCCAUUCAGACGGCCGAGGAGAUGAUUAAGGCCAUCACCCCGCCGCGGUCCCGUAUGACGGCACAGAAGUUCAAGGACGAGUUGCAGAAGCUCUACGAGGUGGUUAUUGAUCGCGCAACGGCCAAUGAUGCCGACGCUGAAGUUCGGCAAAAGGCCAUCCAUGCUCUGGGUACACUUUUGGCUCGAACAACUGGCGAGGAAGGGUCGACCCUUUUGCCUGACGCCAAGCGUAAGGCAGCGCUUGCCUGUCUGUUGGAGAGACUCAAGAACGAGACCACUCGGUUGGCUGCCGUCCGGGCUGUCGACACUGCUGCGGCCAUGUCAGUGGAUGGUGUUCAGUUCGAGCCACAAUGGACCCGCCAGGUCAUGGUCGAGCUCGCCUCCCAGUUGCGCAAGUCAAACCGCUCACUGAGAGGGUCAAGCGUCAUGGCACUGAAGCACCUCACUCUGUCGCCUGCUACCAAAGGCACCCUGGACGAAACGACUGUGCAAAGCGUCGUGGAUGCGCUGAUUCCCGUCAUCAACAACAACGAUGCCCAACUACUUGGUCCUGGCCUUCUUGUGCUUGCCCGCCUUACCCAGGAGAUGCCCAGCGUCGUCAUUACUGGGUCACUCAUUGCCUCGCUGUGCAAAUUGCUGCAGACAACCGUUAUCGGUACUGUCCUCGAUUCCCUCCUAGUUCUUGUCACUGAAGCAGGCCAGAAGGGACAAGGCAGGCCACUUAUGGGCGCAUUCUUGAAGGAUGUUGGCAUAGGAGGUGAUCCUUCGAUCGUUGGCAAAGUCAUAGGCACACUCCUCGUUGCCAGCGGAGAUUCCUCGGGGGUCACCCUAGACAGCUUUGUUCAGGAGAUUGGCGCCAACCCUGACGACCAGGCCAGAAGCAGCCUGGCACUGGCCGUCAUUGGCGAAGCCGGAUUGCGUCUCGGCACCAGCUUCCCAAUCCCGCCGACGCUGUUCUUGAAGCAGUUCACUGACGAGUAUGACAAAGUCUCAGUCUCGGCAGCUAUUGCCCUUGGCCGAGCUGGAGCGGGCAACGUCUCGGUUUACCUGCCCGUUAUCCUGCAGUCUAUGCAGCAGAAGGGCGGAAAACUGUACCUGCUUCUGCAGUCUAUCAAGGAGAUUCUCCAACAAGUCGCGGUCUCCUCCGCCGACAUCAGGCAGUUCUCGGGUUCCAUCUGGGAGCAGAUACUUGCUGCCAGUGCCGCUGAGGACAACAAGGCUGUCUGCGCAGAGUGUGUGGGCCGCAUGGUGAUCAUUGAUCCGGAUACGUUCAUGCCCAAGCUUGAGGCCCUGAUUAGAAACGACUCGCCACUGCUGAGGGCCAUUGCAGUUCAAGCCCUCCGUUAUACUCUCCCAGAUGACAACGAGGCGUUUGAUGUUGUCCUCAAGAACUCUCUUGUCGAUAUGCUCAAGACUUCGCUCAGUGAUUCGGACAUGGAAAUCCGCCGCCAUGCCAUGUCGACACUGACUUCAGCGGCGCAAAACAAGCCCGAAUUGAUUCUGAGCCAUCUCAAUCAGCUGAUGCCCUUCGUCAUGAACGAGACGGUCGUCAAGCCGGAACUCAUUCGUGAGGUUCAAAUGGGUCCGUUCAAGCACAUCAUUGACGAUGGCCUGGAAGUGCGAAAGGCGGCCUAUGAAACUUUGUAUGCGCUUAUGGAGACUGCUCUAUCCCACGUGAGCAUUAUCGAGCUCUAUGAACGCAUUGUCGCUGGCCUCACUGACGACAACGACAUCCGCGCUCUCUGCAAUCUGAUGGUGUCGAAAUUGGUUUACCUCGACCCUGAUGAGACGAUCCGUCGGCUCGACUCAAUUGCGGAGGGCUUCCGGAAGACUCUAUCUCACAAGCUCAAGGACAACGCCGUCAAACAGGAGAUCGAGAAGCAAGAGGAGGCCAACAAGUCGGUUCUGCGCCUUACGCUGCUCCUGGGAGACAAGCUCAACAAGGCUGCCUUGAACACGACGGGUGGUGCCGGCGCGGGGGCGGCCGCCGGCGGUGCUGCUGGUUCGAACCCGGUGUGGACCAGUUACUGGGAGUGGGUCAACAGGGACUUCGCAAGCCAACUCAAGACCAUCCGGGACGAGAGCAAGACUGCUGGUCUCGAUGACGUCUCGGCCUAGAAGGAAAUGUCCCUGGGCUUCUAUCUCCGCCCUGACUGUCGUCCCCCUCCCUCUCCUGACUUUUCGUGGUCCUCAUCAGAGUCUUCUUCGUCUACGGACGAUGAGCUCUAAGAGACUGGACGGAGGAGAGUAAUGAACCAUGCACCCAAGUUCCUGCGGAGACAGGCCGAGUUCUCGAAUGGUUUUCGGACUGAGCAGAGCUUGGGCUUAUGGGUGCAAGACAUCACGGGAUACGGGUUUAUUAUGCGUGCUACAGCGGAACAGUGCAGCAUAUGAAAUUGACAGCAAAACUUGAAGUUAAAACCUAGCUUCCUCGUGAACACUGCAGUGAUUAUGGAAUUAUUGAUUAAGCAUU